AUGACAGAGGAGGCCCCUGAGGGGGUUCCCCCCCCCGGGGGGGCCUCUACUGGGCCCCCCAUCGAGUCUACCGUCGUCGCGCAUCUGUCUGCUGCUCGCUCGCUCGUGCGGGAGGGGCAGCUGCUGCUGCGAGAGGCGCACCCCUUCCCCCCAGGCUGCACCACGACUCCCGCCCUCUCCGCUCACCAGAUUCAGAACCUCUUGCAUGUUUACCAGCUGUGCGAACAAGCGCUGAAGCACCUGGAUGCUUGCGGCCUCCCCCUGGGAUCCCUUCGGAGCCUGCACCACCACGAGGGGGAUGCAGCCGCGGCUUCAGCAGCACGGUGGAAGCUGCAGCACGAGCAGCAUCAGAUGCUCCCAGAAGGCAUGGCUAAAGCUGGAAAGGCGCAGGGAUUUUUUGCAUUGGUCACUAUGGCUGAAGCGCUUCGCGCGAUGGGCAACUAUGAAGACAGUCUGCUGUGCUACACGGAGAGUCUCCAGUGGACGGAGGGCCUCUGUGGAGCAGCGGAGCAGACGAAGGCUCUCUUGGCUGCCGCCGCUGUUAUGGCGGAAAUUGGCAGGCACACUGCAAUCGCCGCAGAGGCUGCCGAGGCAGCAGAAGCCUUCGAAGCCGCCAAAGCUGCUGCAGCCAGCACUCCUCCAAGCCGCAAGGGCAGUGCAGCAGCAAGCUCAGCAGCAGCAGCAGCGGCAGCGGAGUCGGCGAUCCCCUAUGCCUUCCAGACAGCCUCGCAAACAGCCGCCUCCGCAAUCACCAGUAGGGGCAGCUGGCGAUCUCUGAGAAGCCUCAUGGCUUCCCAUAGGAGAGCACUUAGCGUCGCAGAGAGCACUGGGCUGCGAUACUCUCGGCAUGCGCUGGAGGGUGUUCUUCUGUUAUCUCCAGGGCAUAUAGCAGCAGCAGCGCGACUGGUGAAGGUGUUGCUGCUGCAGGGAGACUUUCCUGCUGCAGCCAAGGCGCUGCAGCAUGUGCUGCGGCAGCAGCUCAACACUGCUGUGCAUGUGCCGCGCAAGAUACUGUGGCUUAGGGGACUCUUGCAAGGCGAUGCAGCUGCUGCCUCGGCUGCAGCCAGCUUCCUUGCCAGUGCACAGAGUCUCGCGAGCAGCAGCAGCAGCAGCAGCGGCAUCGACGCUGCAGCAGCAGCAGCAGCGCACGACAAUGACUUGGCCGCUCAAUUUCUCGCGCAGCAGCAGCAGCGUCUCAAACGACAGCUCCUGGCGCUAAAAGCCGAAGACAGCGCCAUUGUGGAAGCGCUGCGCUGUGGAAGCUCCUCAUCCUAUAGGCCUUUGUUGCUGCCCUUGCCGCUCAAGAGUGCUGCUGCAUCAGCUGUCGCUCCUGCUCCUGCUGCUGCUGCUGCUGCUGCUGCGGGAAAGACAGCUGCAGAUGAAACCUCGCAAGUCGCGCUGGUCUUGGAUGCUCUGAGGCUUGCUUUUCUCCAGGGGAGCUCUGGUGGCAGCAUUAACCUUGCCCAUGCCGCGAAUGUGCCCUCUGCGGUCGUGGCGAGAGACAGCCCCCUGUGUCUCCCCCCCCCAGCAGUUCCUGCGGCUGCUGCUGCUGCUGCUGCUGCUGCGCAUGCAGCAGCAGCAGCAGACACUGCUGCGGCGGAAGGAGCUCCAACCACGCAGGCUGCUUCUGCCGCAGCAGUGUCUGCUGCUGCCUCUUUAGGCCGCAGCAGCAGCAGCAGCAGCAGCAGCAGCUGGCUGUGGGGCGGUCCGUCUUUGCAGCAGCAGCAGCAGCAACAGCAGCAGCAGCAACGUAGCCGAGGCAGGCUUCGCAAUGAGAAGCCGCGUCGGCUGAAAUUCUUGCAGGAGAGCGACGCAUGGCAGUCCAAGACUCCCUUCUCGCUGUGGAAGGCUUGGGGAGCCUUGCUGCGGAUGCCUUCGGCGCACAGAGAGGCUGCCCUCAACAGUGGUGCCUUUGAGCACAACGCAGCGAUAGAUGCCUUGUGGGGUGAUUUCUCCGUCUUCUCCCACUUCCUCGGGGGUGCUCCUGCCGAAGCGGCAGCAGCUGCUGCUGCCGCCUCCGCAGCAGCAUCAGCAAGCAGCAGAGGAAACGCGACGGCAGCAGCGAAGGCAGCAGCAGCGCAGUUACAGCCUCUCUCGAGUGUCGCCCUCCCUGUGGUUCCCCCGCCUUCUCUGCAGUGGACACUGUGGCAGCUGCAAACCACGAUCGAUUCGAUCCUAGUCGGCAAGGAGGCGAAAGCGAGCGAAGGACCAAGCGACAUGGAUGCGUCAGAAAGCUCCGGAACCUCCGUGGAGCCUCAAGUGCAGCAGCAGCAGCAACAGCAGGCAGGGGAGAAGGCAUUGCUGCAGCAAUUAGCUGUGGUGUUGGGGGUGUCGUCGGAGUCUGUCCGUAGCAAGGAAAUGCCGCUCUUGCAAAUUUGUCUCAAGGUUGUAGAGGGCUUGCUGUCUGAGCAGAGCCUUGCCACGCGGUGGCUCGAUGCCUCGUGGGGCAGCCGGGUGUCUCUUCGGCUCCGCGAUUUGCUCCAGUUGCUCCUCGGAGUGGCUGCAGCAGUGUCAGCUGAGCUGCCCCCCGUUGCAGCAAAGAGGGAAAACAGCAAAGAUGCAGCAGGGGUGGCAGCCAGCAAACUCUCCGCUUCGCCGCAGGCAACCGAAGUUUGGACUCGGCUUUGUCUGAGUGCACCAGCGGCAACAGGGCUUACAGGAAGCCAUGCGAGAGCGCUGCAGCAGUUCUUCUGCGGAGGGCUAGGUGAGCGUGCGGCUUUGGCGCUGAUGCAUGCAGCCGCAGGAGCGCUUGAUGCCCUUCCGCAGCAGCAGCAGCAGAAACGGCGGCAGCAGCAGGUGCAGCUGUUGCCAGUUGCCCAGGCGCAGCAGUUGCUUGACGUUGCAGGAGAUCUUCUGUACGCCGUUGCAGUUGCUCUGCAGUGCAGCAGCAGCGGCAAGAGCGGAGAGGAGGCAGCAGUCGCGUCGGAGAAGCUGCGCACUAGCAGAUUGCAGCGUGCGAUGGCAUGGUUGGUUUUGCUGCAGCGGCAUUCUGCAGCGGCGCGAGGGGAAUCUCCAGCGACAACAGGGGGCGAUGCUGCUUCGCAGGUGGAUCGAGGGGAGGGGUCUGCUGCAGCGCUCAGUGCGUUGCUGCUUCUUCUUGACGACCUCGAGCCUCAACAGCAGCAGCUGCAUGCGUUCGAGGGAGAGGAGCUGUUGCCACCCCUACAAUGCCUUCGCUCUCAGGCUGUUGCUGCAGUUCUUGCAGAGGGUCUGGAAGUGCACGAACUGCUGCAGUCAGAUCCUCGCGCGGCUACGCUGUUUGCAUCCUGCAGCGCAGCGGCGAAACAGCAGGAGCAGGAGCAGCAGCAGCAGCAGCAGCAGCAGCAGCUCCAAGAAGAGAAGAAGCACCAGGAGGUGCAGCCGCUUGAGGGAAUUUCGACGGGCGUGCUGAGAGGCGAGGUGGAGGCCUCUCUGCUUGCUGCUGUUGCCACGGCGCAGCAGCAGCUGAAUUGCGUCUCUAAACGGAUGCACGCGGAGAUUCAUGAGCGGACUGUGGCGGCAGCAGCAGCAGCAGCUGCUGCUGCAGCCGAUGAAGACCAGCAGGUGCUGCAGCAGCAGCUUCCCCAGACAAGCAUCCUGAGUGCAACAACGCAGCAUGAGGUGCUCUCUCUGAUCCAGUCCUUCGUGCCCUUCUUUUCUCGAGUUUCUCGACAGCUCUCUCUUCUUUCCGCCUCGGAUCUGGAUUUGGCAGCGGGAAAACCCCCAGCUCUCAUGGAAAUCGCGCCUUCGCUGCGCAGCUUCGUCUUGUCUCUGAUCUCUCUGUACGGAGACGUCUUUGCCGUCCUAGCGCUUCGAGCUGCGCGCUCCCUGGACGACUGUGUGUUUCCCUUUGCCGCUGUCACUGCAGCGGCGGCGGCAGCAGCCGAGACAGCGGCAAAGACUUUACGAGGCUGCCCCUUCCCCUCUGCAGAGCUUAGGGAAGAGUUCGUGCUUGGCGUUGUGGCUUCCCUCCCCGUUUUCCUCUCCGCACUUCAGAGCUUCCGUGUCUUCCUCUUUGACACGCCUGAGCCGCGUGCCUCGCCUGCGCCCCCCCAACCAGCAGCUGCAGCUGCAGCUGCAGGAGCCGCUGCUGCUGCCGCAGCGGCUCUCUCGGAGUCUCCGGACGCGCAGCAAGAGCGAUCUGCAGCCGCGACUGCCUCGAUUCCAACGACGGAUCUGCUAGGAGAUAGCGGCAGCCUCCCCUCCCUCGCUGCAGGCGUCUGCAUGUGGGGUGUAGCCGUCGGCUCACCCUUUGCCCGUCUCGUCGCCCCCCUCUCUCCGCAGCAGCUGGCAGAGGACCUCAAACUCAAGCCAGACAGCAGCAGCGCCAGCGGCAGCAACGCGCCGAUCCUCGCCACUGCAUUGGGAGCGCCCACUCCCGUCUCCACCAUUUUCGCUGCAGGUCUCCCCGUCUCCGGCUGUUUCCUGCAUCCCGCCGCGGUGCGACUCGCCGUUGGUCUUUCCUCGUUCAUCCUGUGCGAACUUGUGGCAGUCACCUCCGUGUGCUGCUGCUGCUUCCUCACGGGGGAGACGAAGCGGUUCAGCACCCUCCCCAUCGCUGGACUGCCUGCGGGAGCAGCCGCGGGGGCCCUUAGCGGCAGCGCCUCCGGAGGCGCAGCAGCGGCGGCAGCAGCGGCAGUCACUGCAGCAGUCGCCGCCAGGAAGGGGAGUCUGUGGAAGGAUCUGACGAACAGCAGCCAAAUCAUUCGCCUAGGCCUCUCGGCGCUGCUGCAGCUAGCAGGCGCUCCUCUGGAGUGUGCUGGCACUGCUGGGCAGCAGCAGCCAGCGAGCCUUUCGGAGGCUGCUGCCGCUCCCGAAGAUCCGCCUGCCGUUCGAGUGCGGUGGCAGCUGCAUCCCCUCACGUUCUUGGCUCCGACGAACGGCCAGUUCACCUCGCCCGCGGGAGACAGCUGGAGCGGAUUCGGAGGCGUCGGCGGUUCUGCAGCUCCGCAGCAGGCGCUGCAGCACGGCGACUUGGGGGUGCUUGCAGCUGCGGGCGGAGCUCCACUCGCGGGGACGGCGCUGCGCGUGAAUGGGGGGGGGGGGAGCCUCCGGAGUAUCGUGGAGUCUGCUGACGAGCGAGCAGCUCUGGACGCCAGCGAGUAUGCUUUGCGACUCUGUCACCUCGUGUGGGGUGCUGUGGAGGUCGAAAUGGCAGUCAGAGAGCUGCAAGACAUCGGCGCGCAGCAGCAGCCCGCUGCCGGAGGGACCGCAGCCGCAGAAAAGGCGAAAGCGGCUGUUGUCGCUGCUGCUGCAGCGACAACAACCACCAUGUUGAGCACUACCAGCAGCAAGAGCAAGCGCAGUCAGGGGCACUACCCCAAGCCGCCGAUUUCUCAGCCGCUUCCUUUGCAAGCGCUCCCUGGUUGGCUCCGCAGCUGCUACUGGAGCGAGUGUGAUUUGCCGUGGGAAAGAACAGAGAGCGAGAGAGACGCGGAUGGAGAAUCGGCG